AAAAUAUUUGUAGCCAAGUUUAAAAGAAAUCAAUGAGAUGGCAGACGAUGAUACAAUUUGAUGGUUAACUUUUAGUAAAAGAUGUUUUCCAUGUUUGUGAUAGACGCACGCCAAAGGAAUGUACUAAUUACAACUUGUCGAGAAAUUAUUAAAGAGGAUAUAUAAAGGUUAUUUCUAAUAACAAAAAAAAAAGGUGAAAACUACCCAGAUUUGACAUCUGUGUGGUCAUCGUCCUGACAAAAAGGAACCUAGAAAUAAUUAUGGUUGACAAGCAGUGACAAAUACCUGAUUAAUUACAAUUAAUACCAAUUAGUACUCAUCAUCUGUCAUUACCUGUACAAAAUGGAGGCCAGCAGAGUGUUGCGUCUGCUGUGCGUGAUCGUCAUGGUAAUUAUGAAUUAUGUAACGUGUGAAGAUGUGACAUACACGAUUAAAGAAGAGCAGAAGCCAAACUCAGUUGUAGGAAAUAUUGGACGGGAUUCUAAAAUACACGAUAUGGUGACGGAUGCCGAUUUUGCGAAUUUACGGUACAGUUUGUUAACCCAAGGAAAUGCUUUCAGUUCAUUUUUUACUAUCGACGGAGUGACGGGUGAUCUUUUAGCAGCUAAACGCAUUGAUAAAGAAUCACUAUGUCCGUUUACAGUGGCAUGUGUUUUGAAUAUCGAAGUGGUGGCAUCGAACCAAGGUAGUGGAGGUGUUUUCUUUGAGAGUAUAAAGAUUCACAUCAAUGUAGACGACAUCAACGACAACGAGCCUGUUUUUGCUAAACAGAGAGCGAGCAUUGAUAUUUCAGAAUCGGUCAACAUCGGAGCCUCAUUUUCAUUAACUGGAGCUGUUGAUAAAGAUACGGGUGAAAAUAACACGCUUAAAAAGUACGAAAUAUUGCCCAAGGAUGGACCGUUUGGUGUCGGUUUUAGCAUCAAUAUCGAUGGCAGUUCAACAGUCAGCAUAAUAGUCGAAAAACAAUUAGAUCGCGAAACAAAGGAUUCUUACACUGUUACGAUUAUAGCGCGUGAUGGCGGUCAGCCUAGCAGAAACGGCACCAUGAUUGUUGAUAUUAAUAUAACAGACUACAACGACAAUUCUCCUAAAUUCUCCGAUACAGUUUAUAACGCAACGGUCCGCGAAAACACACCAUCACAAACUGUCAUACAAAUUGUUUCUGCGGUGGAUGAUGACAUCGGUGAAAAUGGUGAAAUAUUUUAUCGACUAAGUGCCCGACAGUCGGCAGAUAUCCAUCGAUAUUUCUUCAUGAAUGCUGUUAGUGGCGCCAUCUCUAUCCGAACAUCCCUGGAAUAUCAGACCACAGAAAAUAUGAGAAUAAUUGUCGAAGCCAGUGAUCGUGGAGUGCCGCCAAAGUUUUCUCAGGCCAUCGUCGAGGUUAUGGUUAUCGACACGGACAACAAUCCUCCUCAGAUACGGAUCAACAUGUUGUCAGGAUUAAUCAACGCCUUGAUUUUGGAAACGGCUUCCAUUGGUUCCCCCGUCGCCCACAUGGCCGUGACUGACCCAGAUUCGGGACAGAAUGGUGUUGUGAAUUGCUACAGUCAAAAUGCUGCGUUCGAUCUUCGUGCUUUGGAUAAAAAUGAAUAUAAAAUCGUGGUAGCUAAAGUCUUAGAUUACGAAGAAUCUCGCAGUUAUCUGGUGACGAUUCUGUGCGAAGAUAGCGGAAAUCCUCCAUUAAAUUCCAGUGAAUUUUUUACUGUAGAUGUUUUGGACGCGAAUGACAAUAAACCAGUUUUUAUUCAAACCAAUUACGCCGUCAGUAUUCCUGAAAAUAAUUCUAUUAAUGAUACUCUUUUACAAGUGGUUGCCACGGACGCAGAUACAAAUACUGAAAAUGGCCGCAUAUCGUACAGAUUACAGGACGAUGCCUACCCUUAUUUUGAUAUAAAUCCGUCCAAUGGUAUAGUCAAGGCUCGUGUCGUUUUGGAUCGGGAGGAAAUGGCGUCUCAUAUUUUUCACGUUCUGGCUAUCGAUAAUGGCAUACCAAAGAAUACGGCCACAGCAGAAGUCAUCAUAAAUCUACUGGACAUCAACGACGAAGCUCCAAAGUUUGAGAAAGAUUCUUACACUUUUUAUGUGUAUGAAAACAGGAAUGCUAACACCGUCGUCGGAAACGUCUCAGCCUUUGAUCCCGAUUUAGGACCCGGUGGAUUAUUUGUGUUUGCUCUUGCAACGUCUGACUUGACAACAAAGCUGCCUUUCACCAUCUCGGCAGACGGUUUAUUGUCAACAACACGGAUGUUAGAUUCUGAGUCUCAGAGUCAACAUGUGUUUACAAUUCUCGCUACUGACCAGGGAGUUGUUUCCCCCUUAACAGGAUCAACGCGGGUGACUGUCGUCGUUUUAGACGAGAACGAUAACACGCCAUUUUUUGUAUUUCCUAAUGAUGCAAAUCAUAGUUUAACUGUGUAUCUACCGAUAUCGAAAAACUCAAGCAUCGUGAAGAUUAAUGCUGAAGAUAAUGACAGUGGUGUGAACGGAAAAAUCACAUAUACCCUGAGAUCUGAUAACGUCUCCGCACUUUUUGUCAUUAACCCUGUCACAGGCGACAUCUUGGUAACUAGGGACAUUACCCCGACUGACAUAGCAACAUAUCAUUUCACCGUCAGUGCUGAAGACGGAGGAAAAAUAUCAAACAAACUAGAAAGUAGAUUCAGUAUAACUUUUGAGUUGGAACCGGUAAAUGUUGGAUCCCUCGGUGGUGACGGAAAUCAGAAUGUUUCGAUUGUCGUCGCGUUGAUCUGUGCCACCAUUUUGGUUUCUGCGGCAGUAUUGAUAGCGCUUUUUGUCAUCAAAAGACGAGACCGGAACAGGAGAGCAAAAUAUUUAGAGAGUCAAAAAUCAAGCACUACUAAUACAGAAGUUGGAAAGAGCGAUGUACAAGUGAAGUCGGAUAGAGAGAAGAAUGGAAGAAUGAAUGAAAUAGAAGGAAAAGAUAAUCCAGCUUUUAGGAUGAAUAAAUCUUCGGGCCAGGGUAAUAAUUAUAAACAAGUAUCAGAAUCAAGUCUUAAGGGAACGAGUAAAUUGAACGAAAGUUUAGAUACGUCAACAGCUACUGAUAUACCAGGUGGUGUUGCCGUUGGCGACCACGCUCAUCAACGUCUAAUCAAGAUGGCUUCCAUUCGUCUCCAGCAUGAUUUAAAGCUCCAUGCAAAUCAUGCUCCAAUACAUCAUAAACCUUUAACUUACGAAGCUAAGGUGAGAGAAUGGCAAGAUCAUUCACGAAGAGCAGAAGAUUUUCACAGUACAAGUUCAGGGGAAGUAACAACAGGGGACAGCGGAAACGGGAGUGAUGAGGAUUCACAUUAUCUUCACGAUCGUAACGUUACACCUACUAAAAUAAGACUCGGCAUUGGAGCCGUCGUACGAAAUCAUUACAAUCCAGCUCCGUUAGAAAAACACAAAACAGCGAAUAAUUUAAGUACCACACCGCGUCAGGUGAAAUUUGUGAUACCCAGCGAAGACUGUGUUUCGCCCAUAUAUAGUCAUUAUUCUCAUUCUCAUCCAUCGAUACGAAGUGACGCUACGGAAGAUAAUGACGAUACCACUACUUCUGGUAGUUAUAGUAUUAUGAUGGAUGAUAUUCGAUCAGAGUUACCCGACUUUAAUGUGGUUAAAGAUAUUUACGUCUGAUUGUGUAACGUGUGAUUUUAUAUUUUUGUUAUGGAGGAUGAAUGGAAUGUUUGCGUGUUAUUUUUUAUUAUACAGUAAUUCAGAAUCAGCGUUGAUAACUACAGACCAUAUGUGACACUGUGAAAGUAAAAAUAUUGUUAUCAAUUUAUAAAAGAACAACCCUGUUUAGUCGAAAAGUAAACUAAGUGUAGUUUAAUGGUCGAGUGCGAGACAUUAAGUAGGCCUAAUAUAUUGAAAUUGCAGGAUUGCUUUAGCACAAGUGCUAUAUCCAUAUACAUGUAUUACGCAUUGUCACAUGGGUCCAAUAUUUCAACUGGUAUAAAUAAAGUACACUUGGCUUAUUGCUCGUACCAUGGUACGCUAACAUCAAAGGAUGGCGUCACAUCUGUAUUUUAAGGUCAUCCAUUAUGGCUUAAAUUUAUGAAAUACAAUGUUUAAGAACUCUUAAUUCUGAAACAUUAUUCAAACUUAAAUUUAUUUGCAUAUUCAAUAUUUAAUAUGUUUAAAAGCUGACAUAAACCUUAUUGCUACUGAAAUCAUGAUUUAAUAUUUUUAUAAACUUAUAUUUUGUUCAAACUAUAUAAAUCAUUGAUAAAAGGUUUGUUGAAAUGUGUUAUUGAUGUAAAUGAAAUCCAGAAUAUUAUAAACUGUUGGGCUUGAUUGGAACAAAGAAUACAAGUAGUUUUGACAAGAAAAUGUGAUCCAGAUCAAGUGCAUUAAAAAGCUUAAACAUAAUCAACUAUUUAUGCUUUGGAGGCCUUUAAAACAUUCGCCCAAAUUCAUAGAGAUCUUUGGUCUGAAAUAUCUCUGGUUACUGUCAAACACCCUACUUUAAAAAUGACUUAUUUUGCAAGUAAAAGGGCUUUUGGACACAAUUGGAAAGGGCAGCACUGCCUUUGCUAAGAAAUGAAGAAUUCUGUUUAAUUGGAACUUAAGAGAAAAAUGCAGCUAUGUUAUGAACUGUCUCAGGGAAAGUUUAAAAUAAUUAGAGUUCUAAAUCAGAUUUUGUUUAUAAAAACUAGGAGUUUGAAUAUUUUUCUAAAUCAGAUUUUGUUUAUAAAAACUCGAGUUUGAAUAUUUUGUUUAAAGUAAAUUUGUUUAUAUCAAAAGUGAAUCGAUACUACUUAAUAAUGUUAUUCUGAAUUACUUCUUUCAGCGACAUUUAUAAAUUAAUAUACGUGAUUAACACCACAACUUAAUAUGUAACACAAUUACUAAUUUAAUUAAGGCAACAUUUUGAUGAGUGUUUCGAAUAGGGUUGCCUUUUCACCUUGUGGGUUUUCUCCCACUGUUAAUUAAAGACCCCUACGUACAAGCAAAUUAUUGAAAAGAAAAUUGAACCAGGUUGUUCCGGAAAUUACCUAUUUUGUGUCCAGUGGACAAUAAACUGUCUCUCCUAUUUGAUAAUGAAAGGACCCUCAACGAAAUGAAAUGAAAUGGGGGUUUAACAUCCUACUGUUUUGCUAUGAAGACGGGCAUACGCCAUACAGUGUGCUCUGAUGGAAAUUUUGCCUACUCUUAUAUCGAAUUCCAACUGUCAAGGGAUCUUUUACGUGCAUGCCAAUGUGUACACAGGACCUCGGUUUUUCAUCCCAUCCGAAUCUCAACGCAACGUUGCUUUAGUUAUAUAAUUGAGUUGCAUAUUAUGUUGAUGUGUUUAUUUGAUGUGAAAUGUUGAUGAGUGGUUGUUAUAAAGAUGAUGUUUUUGUUGUUGUUUUUGUAUAUUAUUUAUACAUUGUAUAUAUUUUGUUUUUAUUUAUAUUUUUGUAUGGAUUAAUUGAUGAUAAAAUAUACAACAGGGUGUCAACAACUAUAAAUAAAUACACAGGUCUAGAAAUAAUUUUAAUUUUUUU